AUGUCAAAUAAACGCAAACACAAGACACUAGAUUUGAAUAAUAAAAUGGAGAUUUUAAAGAAGUUAGAUAGUGGAGAAAACAUGUGCAAAUUGGCAAAAGAAUAUGGUGUUGGGCGUGCUACUAUACACGAUCUUAAGAAAAAAAGGCAAAAGAUAGUAGACCACGUCAAGACAAUGGAAUCGGGGCCAGGAAAGCGUAAAACACUAAAAGUUGGCGAUUGUCCAAAGAUGGAAAACGCUCUUUACAUCGAUGGAUGGCUGGAUAAAUUUAAAAAGCGAUUUGGUAUCCGUCUCUUAACAGUAUCGGGUGAGAAAUUAUCAAGCGACGAAUCUGCAGUACAGCCAUUUAUCCAGCAUUUCAAAAACAAAGUAGAAGAACUGGGUCUUCUUCCUGAUCAAAUCUAUAACGCAGAUGAGAGUGGUCUGUUCUGGAGACUGUUGCCCAAUAAAACAUUCGUGUCUUCUACAGAAGCAAGUGCACCAGGUCGUAAAGUGAGUAAAGACAGAAUCACAUUCAUGCCGUGUUCAAAUGCUACUGGAACGCACAAAUUGGAUUUAUUAGUGAUUGGCAAAGCAAAAAAUCCCAGAGCUUUCAAGAACAUUUGUCUGCCAGUCUGUUACAAGAACCAAAGUAGAAGUUGGGUCACGAGAGAGGUAUUUAGCGAAUGGUUUCAUAAAGACUUUGUCCCAGAAGUAAGAAAAUUUAUGAAAAGAUCUAACUUGCCCAUAAAAGCUUUACUCGUACUUGACAAUGCUCCAGGCCACCCAAACGAACAAGAACUUAAAUCAAGUGAUGGGAAUAUCCAAACCACCUUCUUACCACCAAACUGCACACCUUUACUGCAGCCGAUGGAUCAAAACGUUAUCCAAAAAAUAAAGUCUUUGUAUAAAAAUAAAUUGCUGAUCCAUAUUAUAUCUCAGGAUGGUGAUAUAACGCAGAGCCUUAAAGGAAUGAAUUUGAAGGAUGUUGUAUUCUCUCUCGCUCAUGCUUGGAAGUCUGUUUCAUCUAACUUAAUCCAAUCUUCAUGGAAAAAGUUAUGGCCCACAAUGAAUGAUGUAUCAGAAACAGAAGAAACAGAUGAAUGGGAUCCUGAAGAUAAUAUGCCUAUUGUCGAUUGGUUAAAAAAUCUAUCAGAAAAAGGAUUGGAGACAAGUGAGGAAAAUAUAAAUUCUUGGUUUGAAGGAAUCGAAGAAACAGAGCAAAUUAUGACAGAUGAAGAAAUAAUAUCUGAAGCAGUACAAGAAGAAAGCUUUGUAGAAAUAUUAGAGCCACCAACUACUACAACUGCUAUAAGAGUUAAACCAGAUAAUGCAUUGAUGUGUUUCAAUACGUGCAUAACAUGGGCAGAAGAAAACGGCAUGUCUGCCAAAGAUAUUAUAAUUCUUCGCAACAUGCGAGAAAAGGUUUUUAAGCAAGGACUACAAGUUGCACAAAAGCAGACCUCAAUUAAGGAUUAUUUUAAAACUACAUAG